GGAGGUCCAGAAAUAAUAGAAGUUGUGCAGAGCACCCAUCUUCUUUAUCUCCAUUGCUUCACGUAAAGACAAACUAAAAUUUGUACUUGGGAUAGAGAUCUGAUCUUGGCGAUCUAGCUGAUUGUGGUGCAAACGAAAAAAAAUCUGGAUGCAAAAAUUGUCCAUUCUGAAAAUCUUUUUCAUAGGAAACUUCCUCCAAGCUUCCUCCUCACCGCCUAAGCCACAAGAUGAAACUCAGGUCUCUUGCCACAUAUCCUUACAGAUCCGUACAAGAGCAGGACAACAAGAUUUCCUUGGAAAAAUUCCAACAACUCAUCAUUCAGCUUAACCCUUUAAAUAUUACGCUUUCUUUAAACAUUAUUGUACUCACAACAGCAUUAGCGAAUAGUGAUGCGAAAGCAGGCGUUCUUUCUUCUAUAUAGAGUAGUCCAUCUGCUUCAUUUCUAAGUCAUAGAUAGUAAAAAUGUCUUCAGUUAAACUGUUUGAUUUGCAUCGAAUUUUCGACAAACUCGACAAAAAUGGCGAUGGCCUCGUUAGCCUAGAGGAGCUAAUGUGGCUGCUCGAUAGCAUCGGCGUCCGUGCUAAUCAAGACGAGCUUGAGUUACUGAUAGGUAAAAAGAGUCUCGACCCUAUUGAUUUUGUGUUCUUUCACGACCUUGUCAUAAAGGGCUACAAUCUUGAUCAAAGCAAGAAGCUGAAGGAGAAGGAAGAAGAUAGCCUUCUGGAGAAGGAUCUUGCCAAAGCUUUCGAGGUUUUCGAUUCAAAUGGUGAUGGAUUCAUUUCCAGUGAAGAGUUGGAGAGUGCAUUGUGCAGAUUGGGAUUGUGGGAUGGUGGGAAGGAUUGUAGAAGCAUGAUUAAUGCUUAUGAUACUAAUUCUGAUGGGCAGCUUGAUUUUGAGGAGUUUAAGAAUAUGAUGUUGGUUUCCAACUUCUAGAAACUUGCUGUUCAAGAUGUACUAUUGCAAAUUUGUCCAUGAUUUUCGUAUGGUCGGCUUUUGCCUUGAAUUUAAUGCCAGACAACAAAAGUCCAGAGAAACUUGUUGGUUUUUCCUUUCC